CCUAGAAACGCCUGCUAGCCUCCCUGCCUCCCUCCCUCCUCUAACUUGCCGCCCCUGACUUCCCCGAGAGUAUUUCCGGUUCCGGCUGUGGGCCGGAGAAGACAUGGCGGCGUCUGCGUCGGCGGCUGCAGGGGAGGAGGACUGGGUACUGCCUUCUGAAGUCGAGGUGUUAGAGUCUAUCUAUCUGGAUGAACUACAGGUGGUUAAAGGAAACGGCAGAUCCUCACCGUGGGAGAUCUUCAUCACCUUGCACCCUGCCACGGCAGAAGACCAGGAUUCACAGUAUGUGUGCUUCACUCUGGUGCUUCAGGUCCCGGCACAGUACCCCAAUGAGGUGCCACAGAUCUCUAUCCGUAACCCCCGAGGACUCUCAGAUGAACAGAUCCAAAAGAUUUCACAGGCACUGAGCCAGGUGGCCAAUGCUGGGCUGGGUACUGCCAUGCUCUAUGAACUCAUCGAGAAGGGGAAGGAAAUCCUCACAGACAACAACAUCCCUCAUGGCCAGUGCGUCAUCUGCCUCUAUGGUUUCCAGGAAAAGGAGGCCUUUACCAAAACACCAUGUUACCACUAUUUCCACUGCCACUGCCUCGCCCGGUACAUCCAGCACAUGGAGCGUGAGCUACAGGUUCAAGGCCAGGAACAGGAGCAUGAGCGGCAGCAUGCCGAGGCCAAGCAGAAGGCAGUCGGUGUGCAGUGUCCGGUGUGCAGGGAGCCCCUCGUGUAUGAUCUUGCCUCAUUGAAAGCAGCCCCUGAGCCCCAACAGCCCAUGGAGCUGUACCAGCCCAGCGCAGAGAGCUUGCGCCAACAGGAAGAGCGCAAGCGGCUCUACCAGAGGCAGCAGGAGCGGGGGGGCAUCAUUGACCUUGAGGCUGAGCGGAACCGGUACUUCAUCAGCCUCCAGCAGCCUCCCACCCCUGUGGAGCCCGAGUCAGCAGUAGAGGCCUCCAGAGGAUCCCAUCCACCCAGCGUUCUUGCCACAGAACUGUCCGCCUCAGCAACUGCUCAACCCAACCCAGCAGCCCCUCUGCCUGUGGCCUCCCAGUACACAUGUGAGAAGAUUCCAGGGGCUGGACCAAAUCAGCAAAGGUUGGGUGAAACCCAGAAAGCUAUGCUAGAUCCCCCCCGGGCCAGUCGAGGCCCCUGGAAACAGCCCGAACGGAGGCACCUAAAGGGAGGGGAGUGCCAUGCCCACAAAGGUGCCAGUGACACUCAGGAACUGCCACCUCCCGAGAGGCCCCUCAAGGAGCCCAUGGACCUAAAGCCAGAACCCUGUAGCCAAGGUCUUGAAGGUCCUCCCCAAGAGAAGGGCCCUGGCAACUGGCAGGGUCCCCCACCCCGCAGGACUCGGGACUGUGCUCGCUGGGAGCGUUCCAAGGGUCGGACGCCGGGUUCUUCCUACCCCCGCCUGCCUCGGGGUCGGGGAGCCUAUCGUCCUGGCACUCGAAGGGAGCCCCUGAGCCUGGAGUCUGAGGAUGGUUCCUAGCAGUACUGUGGGGGGCAGGGAUGGGGGGGUAGGGGGACAAUAAAGAUACUUGGCCUUGUUUGGCUCUCUUUGCUUAGUA